CUGACCACAAUGUCCAUCGAGUAGGAUUUAGCCAAAACUCCUCCUGUCCGCUUUAGUUUUUUACCACACUCCUAUCUGAAGUCCCUCAUCAACUGCAUUCGUUCGUCCUAUAAUCUCACAUCCAACUCAGCUUAAAUCUCCUGGUAGUUCCGAAAAGAAAAUGCAAAACUUUUGGGGACAGGGCGUUUGCUAAUGGCGGUCCAAAACUGUGGAACCAAUUACAAAGCUACAUUAGAGGGAUAAAGAGACUGACUCCAAAUAAACGGGCUAUGAAGACACAUUUGUUCCGCCAAGCCUACAAUAUUGUAAGUUUUUGUUUUCUUUGUUUAAUUUUAUUUAGCGCUCUAAAAUAUGCACAAAUUGUUUUAGCGCUUUAUAAAUAAAUAUAUUAUUAUUAUUCUGAUCACAAAUCUUAAGGAUGGUUCCAUAUGAUCGCAAACUAUCGUGUACUCUUAUAAGGCUUAUAUACUAUCGGUUGCGAACGUAUGUGAUUAGUACCACUGUGCAAUCGGUAACAAUGGCAAGUUCAAAUCAGCCGCAGGAGAACGUAUAUCGUACAAGACAAUAUGUUUCGGUAACAAUGGAAAGUUCAAAUCAGCCGCAGGAGAGCGUAGCAGCAUGUCGUACAAGACAUCAGGAUUAAUGUUCCGCUGCAAAGUCUGCCAUUGUGCUAGGGAUGACUUCUCACGCUUCAACCGAUGCACCAAUGGGAUCUUUGGCGCGUCACAUUUGAAAAAGAAUACUAAGGUCUGUGGAAUCCACCAGCGCCCAAUUCCACUCUACGUCUCUGGCUGCUGCAAGAGAGCUUUCGCCUUUCCUCAGGAUGAUGCGUGUUAUAGUUUUCCUGGGACUCGCUUAUGUGUGUUUCGCCGAUGGUGAAUGGAACUACAACUUUUCUGGACCUAUCGGACCUGAUCAUUGGGCUAAUAGAUACCCGGCCUGCAAUGGUUCCAGCCAAUCACCGAUCAACAUUGUGACGUCAUCCGUGAUGUACGACAGUAGCCUCGGUAAACUUCAGUUCAACAACUUUGACAGGAUUCCUAGUGGCGCCAAGAUCAUGGUCCGGAAUAACGGUCACGCAUUCCAGGUUAACUUCAUGACCCCCAAUUUGUUCUACGUUCACGGAGGAGGCCUGGGCGCCAACUUCACGACCGCGCAAUUUCACAUGCAUUUGGGCGAGGAUGACACCCGCGGCGCCGAGCAUCUCAUCGACGGUCAGCGGAAUGCCGCAUGCAUCCACAUUGUAAACUACAACACCAAGUACCCAGACAUCAGUACCGCCGCCAAUAAAUCUGACGGACUCGCCGUGAUAGGGGUCAUUUUGGAGGUUGGAGCUGAGAACGCCGGACUUGCGAAAGUUUUGAAAUAUGUCGAGAAUGUGACUAAGGUCGGCAACGUAUCUGACCUAGCCCAAGAGUUCUCGCUUGGCUCGCUAUUGCCUAGCAACACUGAUUUCUUCCGGUAUAAAGGCUCGCUGACGACCCCCCCUUGCUACGAGUCUGUCACGUGGACAGUGAUGAAAACCAAGACGACCAUUUCCCAUGACCAGCUCAUGAAGCUUCGCUCGAUCAUGGAGAAGGAUGGAGUUCACAAGAUAACUGACAACUACCGCCAUAUCCUGCAACCGCUGAACGGUCGUACCGUCAAGUCCAACUUCAUGGGUCCCACCACAGCGAGCACUACAACAGCCAACCCCAACAGCGCGGAGUUACUUUUGGCUAGCAUUAUGACCUUUUUCAUGGCGAUCUUGCCGUUCAUACUUUGGUGACUUUACUGCUUUUCGUAUCCUAUUGAGUAAAGAAUAUUAUCAUGAGCAGCAACAGUCUUUUUUUGAUAGCUAGAAUUUUAUUUGUACACUUUUUGAACUAUAGUAUUUUAACAAUUAGACCUUGAGCCCGGAUGGACUAUGAUUGAAUAGGCCGUGAGGCCAAGUCCGAAAGUUUUAAAAGUCCACCAAGUCAUCAUUUGUGACGAUUUCUUUUUUGGUAGACACCUAUUCGAACUAUUUCACUUUGUAUUGAUGGUAGCCAGUGCGCCAAAGCACAUACAAAAUGCGUCCGAUUACUUGUCAAAGGUUUAAAAGUGUGGUUGUGAUUGUGUUUGUAGAUGCAUCACUCAAAUAAACAGUUUUGAGUUCGA